AUGUAUCUCAAGCAUCUCAAUAUCACAUUUCAUCCCGGAAUUGAAAUAUCAUUUAAUUUACUCGAGCAAAGUCUGAAUAAUCUACCACUAUUGACACAUUUAACGAUCGAAGCAACCGGUACACUCGAUCUACUUGAUGGUGUUCAUUGGGAAAAAUAUCUGAGGAGACGAAGGUUAAUCAAAUUCAAUUUUAAAUUUAGUCUUUCACUAAAUCUUGUUUGUAAUCAAGAUCGAUUUUCAUUACUUGAACCAUUUCGUUCAUCGUUUUGGCUCGAGGAAAAACAUUGGUAUGUUGCCUGUUACAAAAAUGAAUGGGGUAACAAAUGUCCAUUAAUUUUUUCUGUGCCUUACGUUGUACCACAUUCAUUUGCAUAUCUAACAACACUCUAUCCACCAUUGUCGACAGCACCAUCUAAUGUGGAAAAACAGUUAUUCUAUGAUACCAAUAUUAAUCAUCUUGAGUGUUAUUUUCCACGCGAGGACCGUCGACAAACUUAUACUUUUACUAAAGUUAACUCAUUACGUCUUAUUUGGCACUGUUUGCCACUCAACUUGAACAGUUUGACAUCCACCGUUGAUUUUGUUCGAGUGCGAAUUCUCGAUAUUUCCUCUGUUGAUCACAUAUCAACAUGUGAACUACGUGAUCUACUCGAACAUACUCCUCGCUUAUAUCAUCUGACGAUGAGACAACAGAAUCAAUCAUUGAUUUUACCACCACAUAUUCGUUCUCUUCAUUUAAAAAGAAGCUUAUCCAAUACUGGCAUCAAUUUUGAAAAUCUCGAUCAACUCCGCUCUGAAUUAUCACAUAUUGUACAACUGGAAAUUAAAGUACAAACACAAGAGUUAAUGAUCGAAAUUAUUGAACGAUUUGAUCAACUUGAAAGUAUCAUAUUUCAAUGGAGUGGCUACUUGUCAGAAGAGUACACCUCUUCCCAAUGGUUUCAACAAAAUACACGACGUCUUCAUCAAAACCAUUUCACAUGUCGGAGAGAACUGGAACGUGAACGAGGUCAACCUCGACGGCAGAUUGGAUGCGGUUACGUACCUCAGAAGAUAUUCAUCUAUUUGUCGAUAUCAAAACAUGACCUGAAACAAACAGCAUUAGAGAACGAUCGAUCUUCUUUUCACACGUUACUAACAAUUUUCCAGCGCGGAUGGAACAACUUGUUCCACUGAAAUUAGAAAAAAAAUGACUAUUUUUCUAUUAAUAAUUGCUCAGUUUUUUUUAAGCUGAAAGCAAGGUUUUUUCAAGCUCGAACAAACAUAUGCAUUGAAUAAAUGAUAUUGCAGUUUUCGCAUCGAGAAUUAAAAUCUAAAUCAAUGUUUUUUACUUUCGACAUCUAACUUAAUAUUUUGCACAGUUCAAAUGUUUUGCUAUAAUUCAAUGCAAUAAAAACAUUAUUCAGUAUCUUAUUUUACAAAAUUAGAUUCCGAACACAUUGAAACGCCUAAAACUGAUUCUUGCAGUGAUUGUUUAAAUUCUUUUUUGAGCAUCAUGUCGGUUAACCGAAUGUAUACUUGAGAUCAAGUCAAAUCAUGCUUAUUUUCGCUCGAUGUAUCGCUUUUCAACACUGGAUGUAACAUGUCACCUUAUCAUAUAUUCAAUACAAAAUAUUAUGCUCACAAUCCUGUGCGUGUUCACAGAGCACUGGCGUCUCGAAGUGCUGUUUUCUGUUGUUUGAAACCUGCUUCUGAGACCGAUUUUUUCUGCUGCAAAAUGAUCGAUCUGAACUUCGAUAGCGCAAGGGUUUAAUUUUAAAAUCAAAAUUCAUAAAUCAUCAUUGAAGGUAACAUGCACUUACAGUAGUAGACAAAAGUCCCGACUCUAGACAAAAACCAUCUAAAUAAGGGCUGUUUGCUUUGAAACUUGUACCAAAGCAAGAACUUGGUCAAUCUUGAUCUCAGCGGAAAGUUCGAGUCCUGUCCCCUUAACUGAGGCUGAGAUAUCAGAUCAAUACCAAGGAGGGUGUGGGUGUGUGGGCGUUUGUGGGUGUGGAUGUGUGGAUACGAGGUGGAAAACACCCACACUCGCGCCCACCCACACCCCACACCCACCCUCCUUGACUUAAUGGAUUUGAUCAAUCCUUAAUACUAAAAAUCCAACUUAAAUGUUUCGUUUCUUAAUAAAGAACAAACUUCUCGAACAUAAUUCCUCCAUUUGGUUGUCCAAUAGCAAAUACAUAUGGAUAUCCCUGUCACCCUCACCCUAUGCUCAACACUAUAAAAAUUUCAUUUAAUUA